AUGCGGUCGGAUAUGCGGAUGGAGGAAGUUAUUGGCACGCUGUAUAAGUACUCGUUCCUGGCGAAACAGAACAACGUCAGGCAACAUCCUAGACAAGAAUGGUACGCGAUGCACCGACCUGUACACUUGGCAACUUGGGUCUGGGUCAAAAAAUACAGCAAUCUAUCAGAUGUGAUGGAAAAAGCCGUACGGCAUGUCGCUGGAGUCUUCCUAUCUGAUGAUUAUGUAAAAGAGCCAGUGUGGAGAGCGUAUUUGCCACAUGCACUGCAACUACUCGAGAGGGAGAGGGGCAGCGAUGCACAGGAGGUCGCAAAGCUGUGUCUGCUAGUGCAGGAUGCGGUCGAGCUGUUGGAGAUCGUGGUCAAGGCGAAAGAGGCACUGCAACCAGACCACCCCAGUCGACUGGCGUCGCAGCAGGCGCUGGCAAUGACAUACGAAGCAAGCAAACAGGUGCAGGAGGCGGCAGACUUGCCGGAGAAUGUGGUGAAGAUCAGGACUCGCAUUCUGCGAGCAGAUCAUCCUUCGCUGCUGAUAUCAGUAGAAGCUUUAGCUGACAUGUGUGCCGAGCUAGCUGUCGACUCAGCCGAGACUUCGCUGUCUUCGUCUCCCGAAAGCCCUUCGAUGGCUGGCUCUGGUGAUUUUGUCGUUCAGCAGUACCACGAGAAGCGGCAUACAUUGUUGUCUUCUACUCAUAUACAUUGA